AUGCUCGUGCAUAAAGAGGAUCCUGAAGAGAACUGCCUGAUACACUACAUGUACCCCUUGAACAUCACUUCCUUAAUGUUGGUAUUCCAAGAUAUUACGGGUUCACUUGCUAUCAAUUGGCCUGGCUCAGAUGACUCGACGGAUGACCGAAGCAAUAUACAUCGAAAGCAUGACCAGCUACAGCCAAUCUGUCUGUUCGUGGUCAAUGCUCAUGCGGCGUAUACGCUCGAUGGAUGGAUGGAUGAGAUGAUCAUUGCAAUUCAAUUUCAUGAUAAUGAAGACAGCCAGCCGUGGGGAGUGCUUCUACAGGGCUUCUCCAUACCUCUUCUAGUGUGUCUGCUAUCAGUGAUGGAAAAGGUCACAAACCUACGUCAGAAGAGAUCCGAAAGACAGUCGUGA